CGUUUCUGUACCAUUAAUCCGACAGCUUCUGUUGUAGCAACAUUCACUCGAAGAUCUCAGAUUUUAAGUAACGUUGAAAAAGUCUCAAUAUGAACUCCUCAAGCGUGCUCCUGUUGGCCUGCCUGUGUGCUCUAGCAUUUUUCUCAAACAGCAACGGAUUCCCGCAGGAUUUGGUUCUCGACGAUGAGGUUCGAUCCUAUGCCAAUACCUUGUUUGACGAGCUGCCGGAGGAAUCGUACCAGGUAGCCGUGGAGAAUUAUCGGCUGAAGCGAGCGACCUGUGAUUUGCUGAGUGCAUUUGGAGUCAAUGAUAGCGCUUGUGCUGCCCACUGUGUGCUGCGUGGAAACAAAGGAGGAUACUGCAAUAGUAAAAAAGUGUGUGUGUGCAGGAAUUAAGCUUUUGAGAGUCUGUAAAAUUUGGAACAUACUGAUAAGAUCUCAUAGUAAACGCAUAAUAAUUAGAUUUAUAGGAAAUUUUUGAAUAACAUGCUUGAAUCCAAAAAAGUUUUUUUUCAUUCUACGAAUCCGAACUCUAAAAUCAUCGAAGCAACCUGCAGGUCUGACAAGACGUUGAAAAUUUUGCUUUUCGCGAAAGUUGUAGAAGUCCAAGGAAUAUCUAAAUAAGGUAGUGUCGAGAGCCAUAUUGGAUUUUUUUUGUGACGUCACAAAAACGAUUGUAUCGAAAAUUUAUGUGAGGAUGGUAGGAAUUUCAAAGAAAAACACGUUUUAAAACGAAAUCGAAUUCCAAUUUCAUUUCUAUUUUGUUGUAGGGCCUCUCUUUGAUUAUGUAAUGGAGUUUUUUGGUCCUUUAGAGAUUGCAUCAUGGUUUUUUCUUAAUUUAUUAAUGAAUGCAAUGUUGCCUUGAAGCUAAAACGUACAAAAAUGAAGAAAAUAUCAACUUCAAAAAGGUCUAGCUGGUAGAUAUUGAGUGUUUAACUGAUUGUCA